GAAAUUUUCAAAACAUUAACCAACGUGUGCUGGUAACUCAUGAAUGAAUGCGUACAAUUUCCAAUUGAAAAAAUAAUAUAUGGCAUCAUUACCUCAAGGUUGGCAUGGAAUGUUAAAUGUGCCAAAGAAAUCAGAUCAUGUCCAAGCACCAAAAAUUUCUCAUAUGACUUAUCAAACAUUACCAGCAAUCAAAACUCUGCCAAAUAAAAAGAAUUAUGUUUCAAAUAUUAAAUCACCUUCUGUAAUUUUAAACGGAACAAUGAAAAUAGAUCAUCGAAGUAAUGUGACUCAUUCACUGCCAAGUAAGUAUAAAGAUCAUACUUCAUUUCCAUUGAGAACUGUUCGAAUGAAAACGGAAAAUGUUGAAUUGAAUAACAUUAAGAAGGAACUUUCUAAGGUAAAAGAAGAAAACAAUAUAUUAAGGUGUAGGUUACGCAAAGUUGAUGAUGAAAAUGGAAGGAAAACGAGAGAGAUAGAAAAGUUACAUGCAGAAAUAAAAAAUAUGAUGGAAAAGAAAAAAGAAUCUCUAAAUAAAAUUUCUACAAAUUUUAGAUUCUCUCUGAAAAAUAAACAGAAUGAAAAUGAAGUUAAACCAUCUCAAAUUAAUGGGAAAACAAAUUGGAAAGAGAAAACUUUAAAUUCAGAAAUUUUGAGAUUGAAAGAUAUAAUAAACAAAUUACAAGAAGGAAAUAAAAAACUUAUGAAUCAACUGAAAGAAAAAGACCAAGAAAUAAAGAGCUUGCGUCUUCAACUGGCAAAAGCGCCGGGAAGAAAUUUACUAAACAGAUUACAAACCAAAAAUGAAGGUGAGGUGAAAUCAACACGCGACACUGUCAGGAAUAGACCUCAGAAUAUUUCUAAUAUUAAGCUUGAAAAAAUUAGGCCAGUUGUAACUAAUAACCUUAAAGGUAAAUAAAUAAUUGAAAAAAAAAAAUAAUAAUAAUUUUUAUAAAAAUUAGUUUUAGCCUUUCGGACAAAAAUUUUAAUAAGUAUAUUUAGUUUUUAUUAAAUAUUUACUCUAAAAAAAAGCAAAAGAUGUUUAUCUUUACAAACAGUACAAAUUCUAUUUGUAAUAUAUUUUUACUUAAUAACUGUACAUGCGUGUAAAUUGAUAUUUUAAUAUAUUGAAGUAUUUUUAUCUCAAAGUUGUACUAAUCAGAUAUUUUAAAAACCAUCUAACUUAAUUAUAACAUACAACAAUUAUAAUUUUUAAUGGAAACUAAGGUAAAAAAUGAUGCAUCUCCAAUGAAUAUCCUUACAUAAUUUAAGUUUGUAUAGCUUACUAAUUGAAGUGACUGAUUAUCAGUAUUUCUGAAAUAUUUCAGACAUUACUUCUAAGGAUAAAUAUAAUAAUGCAUCAGUCUGAUUCCCUAUAGUUAUAUACAGUAUAUGUUAUAUAUACAGUGUGUCUCCCUCAAUUUCCCUAGUUUAAACUGUUUUGUAAAAUCCAUUUGUUCAUAUAUGUGAAUAAAAUGUGUUAGAGAAUGGGUCAAUACUCCAAAUUUCACAUGCAUAUACUUGAAUGGGUUGCUGCUGCUUAGUCUAGAUUAUGGGGCCUUAUUUCUUGGUCCACCCGAUCACAUGACAUCAUCUUUGAAGUUUUUUCUUUAUGGGCAUGUCAAGGAUCUUGUGUAUGCUACAAAAGUGCUAGACAUGAGAGCACCACAUACAAAGAU